AUGGACAGCGGUCUGUUUGGAGUACCAGAGCUCAGCGGUCCUGCCGGUUUCCAGAUGGCUCAGCAUCAGGCUCUCAGGGAGGCAGAGUUUCUGGUCCACAAGGCUUGCACACAUCCUCCUGGUGCUGUCACUGUGGAAACAUUUGAUCAGCUGUCUGACAGCUUAUGCAGAGUUGCAGACCUGGCAGAUUUCAUCAAAGUGGCUCAUCCAGAUGCUGCGUUCCGGGAGGCAGCAGAAAGGACCUGCGUUGAAAUUGGAACUCUUGUGGAAAUACUCAAUACAAACGUCGAUUUGUGUCAGAGCCUGAAGAAUUUGCUGGGAAACGAGGCUGUUCUGGCCACACUGGACUCAGACACAAGAAGAGUGGCAGAGCUCUUCAUGUUUGAUUUUGAGAUCAGUGGAAUACAUCUGGAUGAAUCGAAGAGGAGUAAGGCUGUCGCUCUGAAUGUGAAGCUUCUGGAUCUUUACCACGAGUUUCUGAAUGGCUCUCAGCUCCCAAACGCCAUAGAUAAGCAAGUUCUACCAGAACACAUCCGCCACUGCUUUUCCAUAGAUGGGAACCGUGUUCAGAUCGGCGGGUUGCAUGCUGACUCUCCUAAUGACUUGGUGCGGGAAGCUGCGUAUAAAAUCUUUCUGUACCCCAACACUAGUCUCUUGCUUUGUCUGGAUGAGCUUUUGGCUUGUAGACAUGAGCUGGCAACAUUAGUGGGCUAUGAAUCGUUUUCACACAGGGCUUUGAAAGGAACAAUGGCUAAAACCCCAGAGACUGUGAUGAAGUUUUUGAAGCUGCUAACAGAAAAACUCUCUGACAGAACAUCAAGGGACUUCAAGAUGAUGAAAGAGAUGAAGAAGAAAACACACACAACAAAUCCUGAAGUGAUGCCGUGGGAUCAUGCGUACCUCAGCAGUGCCAUACGAACCGAAAUGUUUAACAUUGAUCCCAGCAUCUACAGCCCGUACUUCUCUCUGGGCGCUUGCAUGGAGGGACUCAACCGUCUCUUCAUGCAGCUUCUGGGGGUUUAUUUUCAAGCGGAGCAGCCGAAGAUGGGCGAACUGUGGAGUGAAGAUGUUCGAAAGCUUGCUGUGGUCCAUGAAACAGAGGGACUUCUGGGAUACAUCUACUGUGAUUUCUUCCGCAGACCUGAUAAACCUCACCAGGACUGUCACUUCACCAUCCGUGGUGGGCGGCUGAGGGAAGAUGGUGUUUACCAGCUGCCUGUUGUGGUGCUGAUGCUGAGUUUACCUCCACCCAGUGGCAGAACCCCAUCUCUGCUCACCCCCUCUAUGGUGGAGAACCUCUUCCAUGAGAUGGGACAUGCCAUGCACUCCAUGUUAGGCAGGACACACUAUCAGCACGUCACAGGAACCAGGUGCUCCACAGACUUUGCUGAAGUCCCUUCCAUUCUGAUGGAGUAUUUUGCCUCAGAUUAUCGAGUUUUGAGCCAGUUUGCACGACAUUAUCAGACUGGAGAGCCUCUUCCGGAGAACCUAGUGUCCCGUUUAUGUGAGUCUAAGAGGGCUUGUAGUGCUGCUGAUACUCAGCUACAGAUUUUCUAUGCAGCUUUGGACCAGGUUUAUCAUGGAAAACCUCAAUACAGAUCAACCACUGACAUCCUCAGAGAAGUACAGGAGAAAUUUUACGGGUUACCGUAUGUUCAUGACACAGCUUGGCAGCUGAGAUUUAGUCACCUGGUUGGCUAUGGUGCAAAAUAUUACUCUUACCUCAUGUCCAGGGCGGUAGCCUCGAUGGUGUGGAGGCAGUGCUUUCUACAGGACCCCUUCAGCAGAGUGAUGGGAGAGCGUUAUCGCAGAGAGAUGCUUGCUCAUGGAGGCAGUAAAGAGCCUGUGCUGAUGGUCCAAGGAAUGCUACAGAAAACCCCUACUAUUGAAGACUUUGUUGAUGCAUUAGUGUUGGACCUUAAUGCAAAUGUCAAAUCCCCAGUUUUGUAGAUGAAAUGAAAGAUCCUUGUUAUUUGUUCGGUCUCAUACACUGGGUAUCACCUCACCAUUUCCUAAUGUCUUGCUGCCUUUUAAGCCUUAUUAAAAUAUGAGGCAACAUGAAAAUAUGGUGUCACUUCUAU